AAACUGACGCGACCAGAAUCUUGUAAUAAUCAAGCCAGUGAUCCAACAAUCAUAUUUAAUUUUCUCAUUUUAAUGGUACACAAUGUAUUAAUGAAAUACUCUGUUAACAAAGUUUAGAUAUUUUCGUAGUGAUAAGUGCAUUAUAAUAAGUCAAGAUGUCAGCUCUCCCGGGCCCAGUGGAGUCGUUUGAUGAAUUUUAUUCCGAGGUGAAGGAGAUAGAGAAGAGGGACUCGGUGUUGACACCAAAACAACAGAUCGACAGGCUACUCCGCCCUGGCUCCACGUAUUUCAAUCUGAACCCUUUUGAAGUGUUGCAGCUUGAACCUGACACAUCGCUCGAUGAGAUCAAGAAGAAGUACCGCAGGCUGUCCAUCCUCGUCCAUCCGGACAAAAACAUGGAUGAUUCGGAACGGGCACAACAGGCAUUUGAGAUAGUAAACAGAGCGUGGAAGACCCUGGAGAAUGAUGACACCAGGAAGAAGUGUUUGGAUAUCUAUCAGGAGGCGAAGGAACGCACUGAACAUAUGAUAGAGCAAAAGAGGAAAAAACAGAGAAAGGAGUCUCGGCAAGCUGAGGGCAUACCCGAGGAUGAUCCUGUCAAGUUUAAGCAUGCAGUUUAUGUUAUGACUAUGAAGCUGUUCGCGGACAUGGAGCGCAAGCGGCAACACCUAGAAACGCGCGACCAGGAGGAGCGGAAGCGGAAGCGGGAAGCGGAAAUAGAACAGGAGGAACAACUCUCCAUGGAGAAGGAGUGGGCUAAGAACUUUGAGGAAUCUCGACAAAACCGCGUGGACAGCUGGAAGACCUUCCAGUCCGGCAGCGGCGGCGAAAAGAAGAAGAAGAAGAAAAACAUGAUGAACUUCAAGCCGCCCAAGCCCAAGCCGGAGAGCAGAUAACUUCCAGCCGUAUAAUACGUUAGUUUUACUCUAGUUUUAGUGGUCGUGUGAGGUUUGGUGGGGCAUUCCACUAGAAUGCCCUAAGGGGCAUUUCAAAUUCUCUUUGGUAAGCCAUAAAUAAUUUGAAAUAGAGAGUUACUGUCAUGGUAAAUUAUGUAGCAUAGUACAGUUACUGUCAUCUUUCGACAGAAGAUUAAAACUGACAGAACGCCAUUUGACUUUGGUAAUUAUUAUUUCACUGAUAUGUGUAUCUUGUUAAAUAUUAAUAUUAACGCCAUCUACUCGAGUGUAGGCCAUGGGCGUACGCAGCAUUUUUUAAGGGGUGGGGCAGAAUUAGGGGAGGCUGGGUACAUUGUAACAGGGUACGGUUGAAACAGAAAUUCUUAGCUUAUGGUCAGAGACCAGAGUGGGGCAACAGCAACAAGGUGGGGACCUUGCCCCACCGUGGGUACGCCUAUGGUGUAGGCUGAAGGUUAUGGCGCCAUCGCUUGAAAAGAUUGCACCAUACCUUUGGCCUAGUAUCGAGUAGAUGGCGUUAAUAUUAUUUAACAAGUUAACACAUAUCAGUGAAAGAAUAAGGAUCAAAGUCAAAUGGCGUUCUAACAGUUAACUUCCGUCGAAAGAUUGCAGUAAAUUUACAGUGGCUACAUAAUUUACUUUGACAAUCCGCCUCUGUACACUCUAUUCUCUUUGCCCUGACGGAGCACAUUGAUAGGAGAUAGGAGAGCUCUUGCCCUAUGAUGUUCAAAAAUGUUAUAUUUCGGUUAUUUACCCACAUUGACCGUAGGGUGGUAUAAGUGGUAUUUCAUCUGUCCCCAAUAUCUUGAUCCAAUGUCUCACUCUCUCGUUAAGCCAAAUGUGAGACAAAAUACACAUUGGACAAAGAAAUUGGACAGGUAGAAUACCACCCUUAGUUACAAUGUAAAAGUAAAAUUUGUUUAAAAGUGACUAGUUUUUACCAACAAUAUUUAACACAUCCAUUGCCAAAGUGCUCUUAGCGCGUAGCCACGGUUUCGCCGUAUGGAGCGCGUAGUCGCUACGAACAGUGUACCUAUACCCGACAGUCGGGUUCUUGGCC